AUGAGCAGCUCCGGAGGGAGUCCCUCGAAGAAGGGCACCAACGUAGACAUGCAGAUAUUCGCCUCCAACGGAAAUACGAUCGUUGACGAAAGCUAUGAUCCCCAUCUGCACCGAAACCGACCACAUCCAACGACCAACUUCGAAACGUUAGUUCACCUGCUAAAGGGUUCGCUCGGCACGGGUAUCCUUGCGAUGCCACAGGCUUUCUACAAUGCCGGCUAUAUCUCCGGCGUUGUCAACACUGUCCUGAUCGGCAUCCUCUGCACGUACUGUUUGCAUGUGCUUGUUCAGGCACAGUACGCGCUCUGCAAGCGUCAUCGCGUGCCCAUCCUCACCUAUCCCAUCUCGAUGAAGAUCGCCCUCGAAGAAGGCCCACAGUGCUUACGAUGUUUCGCUCCCUACGCGGUCGUUAUCGUCGAUGGCUUCAUGAUCAUCUAUCAGCUGGGUAUUUGCUGCGUGUACAUAGUGUUUGUGGCCACUAACAUCAAACAGUUAGUCGACUACUACUGGCUGGAGCUGGACGUCAAGAUCCACUGUCUGAUCCUGCUCGUUCCGUUGAUAGGCAUCAACAUGAUUCGCAACCUUAAGGUGUUGGCUCCCUUUUCGACGUUAGCCAACCUGAUUACGUUUGUCGGUAUCGGACUAAUAUUGGUUUACGUCCUGGACGACAUCCCACCGAUCUCAGAACGUGAAGCCAUCGCCGAAGUGGGCAAAUUUCCACUUUUCUUCGGUACCACACUGUUCGCACUCGAGGCAGUCGGAGUGAUUAUAGCACUGGAAAAUAACAUGGCAACACCAAAGUCGUUUGGUGGCUCUUGUGGAGUACUUAACGUGGGUAUGAUCGCGAUCGUCAUUUUGUAUGCUGGCAUGGGUUUCCUCGGUUACUUAAAGUACGGUGCCGAGUCUGCUGGCAGUAUCACACUCAAUCUGCCACAGGAAGAUAUCAUGUCUCAAUCGAUAAGAAUUUUGUUCGCUGUGGCCAUCUUUAUUUCUUACGGACUGCAGUGCUACGUACCGGUCGAUAUUAUCUGGAAUGUGUACUUGGUUGAGAAGUAUCGUGACUCAAACAACAAGCUCGUAUACGAAAUGCUGGUUCGGAUUGUCGUUGUCAUCACUACCUUCCUGCUAGCCGUUGCCAUCCCGCGCCUGGGACUGUUCAUCUCGCUAUUCGGUGCAUUUUGCCUGUCCGCGCUCGGUAUCGCCUUCCCGGCGAUCAUGGAAAUCUGCGUGCUGUGGCCUGAUAAACUUGGCCCCGGAAAAAUAACUCUCUGGAAGGACAUCGUACUCAUUAUAUUCGGCAUCAUUGGUCUGGUAGCGGGCACGUACACGAGCGUGCGUGACAUUAUUCUCAGUUUCAUGUAGAUGAACACACCCACUCGCAAUCUCCACCAGCUACUGCAAACUUUCUUGCCAACGAACGACGAACGGAGCCCACUUACUACCAAAGCGAGAGACUGGCAAAGCAAAAUCGUACAGGAUAUGGGGAAGGAAACCUAGCUUAUUUGUGGCAAUAGAAGUCGGUUGUGCACUAAGCUUCCUGGGACGGAGUUUCUCGGUCCACCAUAGCGAUAGGCUUCAACCACAGUUCCUCAUACUAGCCGGCCUUGUUGACAGUUUCGAUGGCUCUGGUAGAGACUAUAUGUGACAUAUCAUUUGUAGUUUCAUAAACUGUUCUUUACACGAUCGUUUACUAGUAUUACUUUCACGUCUUCUGCUAGCAGCGACCAAAGGCGCGUAGGUGGCCCUUUCGCGAGACGCGUUCGGUUUUGUUCGAAUAAAUAUGUUUCUACUAAACCGCAAAGCAACCUCAAAAGACGAAAUCGUAAAGCCUAUUCUCUGCAGAUGUUUUGCAUGCAAACGCCACGCGAUAGGCGCACACGCGUUACGUAGAAAUGGUGAUAGUUAGAGAUAACUUUGUACAAUCACGCGACGCACUACUUCCACUAAAAAGAUUAGAAGCCGACGCUUUCGGCCAAACAGAUCCACUAUAUAUGUUUAUGCUUUACGCGAGGAACCAAUGAAAACACCUCAAUAAAUGAUACAUUUA